AUGUCCGCUUUGUCCAGUACAUCCACACCUUGUUCACAGUCAGGGACUGCGUCGCCUUCGAUCUCUCCUACUUUGUCUCGUACUUCGAGCUCAACAUCGAUCUCUGGCUCUGACGACAAUGCGUCACCCAAAAUAUCGACGGAAUCUGGUGGGCCAAUUCGAGCUCGGGCGGCAGAUUUUGACCCUGUCACCAAGAUAUGCUUUGUUGGUGCUGGAUACGUAGGUGGGCCAACGGCUGCAGUUCUGGCAUUUUCCAAUCCACAAAUUCAAGUUACCGUGGUCGACAGGGACAGUUCAAGAAUAAGCAGAUGGCAGUCUAAGCAUUUACCAAUCCAUGAACCAGGAUUGGACGACAUUGUACGAGUUGCGCGAGAUGGUACAAAUGCCACAAUCCUUGCACGUGGCAGUGCCAAGGAAAGUGUGGCUUUUCCUGAGCGUACACCAAAUCUCUUCUUUUCUACGGACUGCGAACAACCAAUUGGUGAAGCGGACAUCAUUUUCCUGAGUGUCAAUACGCCAACGAAAUUGGUCGGUGUGGGGGCUGGGGCAGCAACCAAUAUUUCGAUCUUUGAAUCAGCUAUGAGAUCCAUUGCUGUGGUAGCCAAACCCGGUGCCAUCAUUGUUGAGAAGAGUACCGUUCCUUGCAGGACUGCCCAAGUCAUCAGAGAUAUUCUUGAUAUCCACCGCCCAGGGGUACCAUUUGAGAUUCUGUCCAAUCCGGAGUUCCUCGCCGAGGGUACAGCUAUCUCUGACCUACUACACCCAUCAAGAGUCCUGAUAGGCUCAAGUAACACCUCGUCUGGUCUUACUGCCGCUGCCAGACUAGCUCUAGUCUAUAAUGCGUGGGUUCCCGAGGCGUCGAUCCUUAAUGUUCACCUUUGGUCAUCAGAGCUUGCCAAGCUCGUGGCGAACGCCAUGCUAGCACAGAGGAUUAGCAGCAUCAAUACCGUCAGUGCGAUAUGCGAGAAGACAGGGGCAGACGUCUCGGAUAUUGCUAGUGCCAUUGGAAUGGAUCACCGCAUUGGUGCUAAAUUCCUCCACGCAGGUUUGGGUUUUGGUGGAUCGUGUUUCAAGAAAGACAUCCUAAGCUUGUCAUACCUUGCUGAGUCACUUGACCUGCCAGAGGUGGCUGCAUACUGGAAGUCUGUCGUGGAUAUCAAUGUUUGGCAAUGUGAACGCUUGGUCAAACGAGUCAUCAAGUCACUCAAUGGUUCGUUAACCGGUAAGAAGCUGGCUAUACUUGGCUAUGCUUUCAAAAAAGAUACGUCCGAUACUCGAGAAUCACAAUCGAUCUCGGUCAUUGAACAUCUACUUCGGGAAAGACCCGCGGAGAUUGCUAUCUACGAUCCUGGAUGUACACCUGCCGACAUAUGUACAGAACUUCAAGCCUUAUUUGGUGCAGCUGGAAGCGGCAUCAUUGCCCCAGAAGGGCCCAUCAAUGUUCACGCAGACCCAUAUACGGCGUGCACAGGCUCCUCCGCCGUACUCAUACUUACGGAUUGGGAUCAAUUCAGGUACCCACCACUCUCGCAGGCUGACAGCUCUGCAGCAGCCGUCGAGAGCUAUGUGCACACUGCUUUGGCCCGUCUGGCCCAGGUACAAGUCCUACCGGAGGACUGGGACCUCAAUGCGCAGCAGACCCUAUUUCGCUCCCAGCCUCAAUGUAAUAUAGAGUGCACCAAAUGUAACAAGGCACCUGGCGCACUUAAGAGCUAUCCUGGUGAGAACCUCAAGUGGGAGGAAGUUGGCCGUGGCAUGAAAAUGCCCAGGUGGGUGUUUGAUGCACGUGGUGUUCUUGAUGCACAGGGCCUGGAAGACAUGGGUUUCCGAGUAGAGAGCGUCGGCAAAGUUGGCAAAAGAUCUAGGUUGCGAGGGUUUGAGGUCUGCUAG